AUGACGGCCGCCACCUUCAAGUACAUCGACCCGGCCUCCUACGUUAAAAGCGAUGUCCCCUUCGUAAAGCCGUGGGGCAAAGUCGACGGGCCUGGCUACUCCUUCAAGCUGACAGACCGGGAACGCUCAGUCGAGGACAUCCGCGGACGGGAACGGGAGUAUAACAUUGAUAACUCCGGUUUCGCAGUCUACAAGUCCCCUGCACAAGAGAAGGCGUUCACCGACGAUGCGAAAGUCCGGGACGGCUACUACGCCGAGGUUGAGGCUCUUCUGCGGCAAAAGUUGCCGGGAGUAAAGAAGGUGGUCUUCUUCGACCACACCAUUCGACGCAGAGAGAAGGCUUCACCGCGCCAACCCGUCCAGCAGGUCCACGUUGAUCAGACACCCAGGGCCGCGGAGAUCCGAGUGCGCCGGCAUCUGCCCGCAGAUGAGGCCGAGGAACUGCUGAAAGGCCGCUACCAAAUCGUCAACAUCUGGCGUCCGAUCGCCAACCCUGCCUCUGAUUUUCCCUUAGCAGUCGUCGACUACCGGAGCACCAAGCCUGAAGACCUGGUGAAGGUCGAUCUCCUCUACCCCAAGAGGGAAGCCACAGAUGACGAUGAUCGAGGCAAGGAAGUCCUUCCGGACCCAAGCUCAGCCACGUCGACUGAGGGCUACGAAGUCAAGGGCGAGACCUUUGCCGUCCAACCAAGUGAGAACCACAAGUUCUUGUACAUGAAGGACAUGACGCCCGAGGAGGUCAUGUUCAUCAAGUGUUUCGACUCCUUCAGCGAGGUCAACGGCGGGAAGAAGGGUGUUGCAGCCUACACGCCGCACACGGCGUUCGUGGACCCGCAAACUCCAGCCGACGCGCCUGGCCGGCAAAGCAUUGAAGUCAGAGCUCUCAUCUUUUAUGAAUAG